AUGUUGCCAUUGAUGUGGAUAAGCUUGUCCAUCUGCUUCCCAGCUUUGGGUAACUCAGGCCGACCCGUGGCAAUCACAAAGUAUGGCGUCCUCGGAGGAAAGCAGACCCAUGUGGGACGAACAGUUGUCAACAUUUACCUAGGGGUCCCUUUCGCCAAGCCCCCCGUGGGCAACCUGAGAUUUGCUCCCCCGCAGCCUCCUGAGCCUUGGGACGACCUAAGAGAUGCAGGCACCUACCCUCCUGCGUGCCUCCAACAGUCCUGGGGCCAAAUCACGAACCUGCACUUUACAAACCAAAGACCCCACGCAUGGCUGCAGUUCCGGGAAGAUUGCCUGUAUCUGAACAUAUACACACCUGCCCACGCCCAGAGGGGAGGUCGGCUACCGGUGAUGGUCUGGUUUCCUGGUGGUGCCUUCCUUGUGGGAUCAGCCUCUACCUAUGAUGGCUCCGUGCUAUCUGCCCAUGAGGACGUGGUGGUGGUUACCAUCCAGAAUCGACUUGGCAUCCUGGGCUUCCUCAGUACUGGAGAUGCCCAUGCCCGAGGGAACUGGGCACUGCUGGACCAGUUAGCAGCUCUGCAUUGGAUACAAGAGAACAUUGCAGUUUUUGGUGGAGACCCCGGCUCUGUGACCCUGUUUGGUCAAUCCUCAGGAGCCAUAUGUAUUUCAGGACUGAUUCUGUCUCCCUUGUCCAAGGGCCUCUUCCACAGGGCCAUCUCUCAGAGUGGAACAGCCCUUAUAAAGAUCUUCAUCUCUUACGAGCCACUGAAGAUUGCCAAGAGAAUUGCUAAAGCAGCCAAUUGUGAUACCAACAGUACCCAGGCCCUGGUGCAGUGCCUCAGAUCAAAGACGGAGCAGGAGAUCCAGAAGGUAUCUGAUGAGAUGAAAUUCUUCAAACUGAACCCCAACAAUAACCCUCUGGAGACCAUCUGGUUUGUACCUGCUGUGGUGGAUGGUAUAGUUUUCACUGACAGCCCUGAAGCGCUUCUGGCCCAAGGGGAAGUCCAGCAGAUCCCCUACCUCCUGGGUGUGAACAGGAUAGAAUUCAACUGGCUUCUUCCUUUUAUCAUGAACGUUCCUCUCAGCCCUCUGAUAAUAACUAGAUCCAAAAUCAUUGACCUGCUAUGGGAGUUCUGCUUGAUACUGAACAUCACCAAAGACCAAAUCCCUCUGGUGAUGAAAAAAUACAUAGGAGACCUUAAGGACCAAGGAGGAAACUUUGGGCAACAGGUCCUGAUGCGAAACUGUGUCCUGGAGCUGGCUGGAGAUGCAACUUUUGUGACAUCGGCUAUUCAGACAGCACGUCAUCACAGAGAUGCCGGCCUUCCUGUCUACUUUUACGAGUUCCAGCAUCAUGCCAGCUCGGGGAUCAUCAGCAAAACCCAUACUGAUGUGGCCGACCACGGUGAUGAAAUUAUCUUCAUUCUUGGGACUCCGUUCACUAAAGGGCUCGCUACCAUAGAAGAGAAAAAACUUAGCAGAAACAUGAUGAAAUACUGGGCCAACUUUGCCCGCACAGGGGAUCCCAACGGCUGCGGCCUGCCAGAAUGGCCACGCUAUGAAAAGGAAGAGAAGUACCUUCAGCUGGAUUUAGAACAGAGGGUGGGAAUAAAACUGAAGGAGAAAGAGGUGGCUUUUUGGACGAGGAUCCAGAGCCAGCACCACAAACAAGACCAGCACGGAGGGGAGGCCUGA